GUGCUGGUGAAAGGCUUUUAAAUAUGAGUGGGCUUGAAGAAGAAGAUACUAAGACUGAUUCAGAGAUGAAAUGGAGGGGCUUCAAGGAAGAGAAAAAGAAAGCUCGGGGUUUUAGAGGGUACUCGUCUAUUUCAAGCGAGUAUGCAUCAUCUCAAUCAGAUUUAGGUCAUUUAAGUGAACAGGAUAGAGAAAAGGACGAACAAGAUAAUAUGAUAAACGUAGAUGAAAAGAGGUCAAGACAAAGAAACACAGAGAGGUAUUGGGCGAUUCGUCGUACUCCAGUUGAAAAUUUUAUAGAAACUAAUAUAGCCAAGUCUGUCCAAAACCUUUUGAAAGCUGGUAAUCUAAUUGCAAUUACUGGAUUUCCUGGAUCAGGUAAAAGUAUAACGGUACAAAAAUGCGUAGAACAUUUAGCAGAGGAGAUGAACAUACCUGUUAGGUACAUCCACACUCGAAAAGAAAUGCAUUAUAUUUAUUCUGAGGAUAAAAAUUUUUUGAUUGUGAUAGAUGGUCCAUUUGACACGAUUUCGUACGAUCAAAAUUUCACCAGUUUUCUUUCUGGCGUGCGAAAGUGUGUGGUACGAUGUAAACGACUGCGAUUAAAAAAAAUCGUUAUAGUUAUACAAAAAGAAGUUUUAAAUUUCAUGAAGUUGCAAUUUGAAGACCAUUCUUGGAAAAAUGAGUUCUUAACAUUAGAUUUUUCUAAUAUGGGUCUAUCUCGGGAUGAAGAGAGAAGAAUAUUGAUGGAAAAAAUUGGAAACAAUACAGCAGAAAUAGAGGAUAUUGUUUCAAUCGAUUCAGUUAUUUAUGGUUUUCCUGAAUGUUGCCGAAGACUAAGUUUGCAUGAAAGAGAAACAAAGGAAGAAUUUUUAAAAAUAUCAAUUGGAAUGCUUAAGGAUCAUUUUAAUAAAAUGGAUAGCUUAGUGUUAUAUCCACUUGCUUUAAUCGUUUUGGAAAAUGGGGUGAUAGAAUUUAAGGAUAUUCAGCACAUAGCACAAAAUGAAGGACGCUUAACACAUAUUUUUGAACUUCUUACUAAAAGCAACAGACCAGUUUAUUGUUCUUAUUCUCAGUUAACAAACAUAGUCAAAGCUUUAAGUGAUGUUUACAUAAAAUAUGACCAGUCAAGUUUUCAAUUUGAAUGUAGUGAUAAGCUAGUGAGUGAGGCUGUUCACAAAUUACUCUUUACAAGAAAUCCUUGGAGAUAUAUUGAGAUAUGUCCCGUCUCUAGAUUGCAGCACCUCUCGAAUGACAAUGAUUACCUUGGAUGUAUUAGCGGUCCGCUGUACAUGUGGCUGUGCAAACGAAUAGCAGCUGAGCUCCAAAACAAUCAUAACGACAUGUUUUUCCUCAUUCUAUGGAAACUUCAGAUUUGGAAUGACGUGUGCUUUGUUAGUCAUAUCAUGCCUGUUCUCAGUGAAAUGUUUGAAACACCAAAUCUUGCGGUUGUUGAAAGGUUUAUGGCCCUGUCACAAACGAUAAAGAAUGCAUAUCUUGUUUCUGCUUUGUUGCACAAUAUACCGUACAUGAAAAUCAAUAAAAAAUGUGAACUUGUUUAUACACCUUCAAGUAAAAAUGGCAUAUUCGCAGAUGAAAAAAUACAUUCGUGUACAUGUAGCGUCUGUUUACUGAAAGAAAAAACUAACAAAAAGUUAAUUAAAGCAAUGAACUUGGACAACAGCUUCAAUUUCCUAAGUACUUGUAUUCGACAAGCAACAAAUUGUUAUAGAAAUUCAAUCGUUUUAGCAAUGGACGUUUUAACAUUUUCCCAAGAAAAAAAUAUAUUAAACACUAUUUUUGAUGAAAACAACAAAUGUUCACAAAUAUGCAUAAAACCCAACAGCAACAUGAGUCUUGUUCCAAGUUUAUCAAAGGAAAAUCUUUCCUGCAGUUUAUUUUGUUGGAGUCUCUUACCGAAUAUCAACCUUCAGUUACAGAAUAUAUUAAUCGAACUUUGCGAGAAGACAAAGUCUGAUUGGUAUAUGAAAGUGGCAUUUCAAUUUGCAACAGAAAUAUGGAUAAGAUCUGUUUGUGCAAAACUUCCAUAUCCACCAGAAAACUUUUCGUCAAAAUUGUUUAAAAAAGAACUCGAAAAAAUAUGUAAGGAAAAGUUAUCCUCAUUAUGUCAAUUAAGAUGUAUAUAUCUUGGCCGUCAAUCAAAUCAACCAUUAGAUUGUAUAAGUCAUAUUUUGGCUACUGUUCUAGAUAGAAAUGCAAGCGCAUCCAUUACCACAAAUGGCUUUUUUGGACUUUCAGUUAUAAUUCGUGAAACAAAUGAGGUCAAUAAAGAAGCAGAAAAUCUUUUGGUUCACGAAGAAAUGAUACAUUAUCAAACAGCAAAACUAAGUGGCAAUAGAAUCGAAGAACUUUUUCGUUCCCACAGUAAUCUGACAUUAGUAAAUUAUUCCAAUGUUAAAUCUAAAGGAUUUGGAACAACGCAAGCAAGAGUAGAACAAUUAUCAUGUGUAGUUCUUUAUUGUCACGUGAAAGGUUUCAUUCCUUUUGGGGAGUCAUCGUUUCCUAGAACAAUUGAUGGAUUUACAGUAGAUGUUCGUGAAUGUUUAUGUACAUUUGCUAUAAAUUCAAUGCGCAUUGGAGACCGUAUUGGCAGUGCAGAAUUAUCUAAAUCAGGCACAUUAGGUUGUUUUAUUGAGCUUUCUGACUCAACAGCAUUCAUAACCUGUGCCCAUGUACUGUAUUCAUCCAAAACAUUAAGAGAACAUAAUUUCAAAAAAGCGUCUGAGAAGAUAGAAAUCCAAGUUAUAGACAGAAGACAACAUGGUGAAAGCCAAAUAGUAGGACUUGUGAAAACAGCCGCUUUUGAUUACGGUGACCCUAGAAUGACAAGUGUUGAUGCCGCCCUGAUAGAAAUGACGGGGGUACAUCCUAUCGAUGAAAAAUUUUCUGAAGUUUAUUCAGCAGAUCAAGUAGAACAUGCAGGAUUUUCCAGUAGAACAAACCUGUGUUUUCCAUAUGGUGAGGUGGAGAAGGUAUCAAGAGCCAAUUUUCGGAGCGACAUCAUAAAAGUUGGUGCAGAAAGUGGUCUCACUAUUGGGCGCCUUCGAAAAGGAAAUUCAGCAGCUAGGGUUCGAAAUAAUAUUGAAGUGACUAUAGAUUCCUCAAGUGAUUUCACUCCAGUUUUUUACAACCAGUUUGAAGUCCUGCCUCAGAUAUUACCGUCAGUUAUAUCAGAAGCACAUACCCCCUUUUUAAUAAAUGGUGACUCCGGAGCAUUAAUUUUUGUCGUGAAAAGUGAUAAUCCUCUGAUUUUAAAAGCUAUUGGCAUGGCUGUUGCUGUUACCUCGUAUGACUCUUGUUUAAUGACCCCUAUUCAUAAUGUGCUAAAUUCUCUUAAUAUUUCAACCGAUAAAGUUUUUAAAUUUGAGUCGAGAGCGGAAGCAAAUUCCCAAGGUAUAACUAUAAAAGAUUUAGAGAAGGUUCUUCAAAAUGUACAAGUUGGCAUCAUGAGGGAAGUCGGAGAAUUCAAAGAAGAUUUAAAAAGUGAUAUAGCCGUGUCAAAUACAACUUUGACGAACAGACUAGACAGCGUUGAUAAAGAACUACACAAAUUUAAUGACAGGUUAUCUAAAAUAGAGGAAAAUGAAAAGAAGACUAAAUGA